CCAAGUCGGAAAAUCAUGGGAAGCGAACGAAGCCCGAAGGAGAAGAAGAGAGGCAGAGCACGGAGCGAAGAUGCUUCAUCUUCUGAUAACGAAGGGAAAGUGAAGAGGCAUCGAGGAACAGAGAAAGAUGAUGAGAAGAGAAGUGAGAAGAAGGAUAGGAAGAAGGAAAAGAAAUCCCACAAGCACCACCGGACGAGUACAUCAAAGAAGUCCAAGGAUGAUAAGCCAAAAAAGAAAUACUCAGAAGGCGGCCACCAGCUAAAAGAGGGGAUCCCAAAGCUAUCAAAUGAAGACUACUUCUCCAAGAACAACGAGUUUGCAACAUGGCUUAAAGAAGAAAAGCGCACUUACUUUAAUGAUCUCACAACCGAAUCUGCACGAGAAUUGUUUUCUCGCUUUGUCAAGGCAUGGAACAAAGGAAAACUUGAGUCCCGAUACUACGAAGGGAUCUCCGCUGCCCCACGAACAGCUUACAACUGGAAGAUCAAACAGAGGUGAAAAGCAUAAACUUCCUUUUCGCCAUUUGCAGGUUGAUGAUACGAGAAAUACUUGUAGGUUGUUUCGACUUAAACCUCUUCUUUCAGGACUUAGAUUAUCGUUGAGAGACGUGUUUGUUGUCGGGUUUUUGAGGAAGAAAAAACGUUAAGGUUAAUGGAUAAACCAAAUACGGUUGAGUUUAAAUACGU